CAAUGAUGCAGAUGCAUUAAUUUCGGACAAUUGAGGAAGCUACAGAGAACCAGACUAGUGGAGCGAACAUUAAUUCCAAAAAGACAAUGGAGGGAAGCUUCCACAUGUGCCCACCUGUCUAGAAGCCUAACAUUAGUGGAGACAAAACUCGGUACAAAACUGUCGUAGACCAAAUCGAAGACCUAGGAGCUAGUAGCAAAAGCAGGGCUAUAGGGGAACAAAUAAGUGCAUCAAAUCUCUCUUAAGCACUUUAUUUGUCCUUGAUCAGAGGCAAUAAAUACAUGGAUUCUUGCUUGUCUUUAAAUUAUUCAACCCCUCACAUCAAUCAACACUGUAUUAUGAUUCCAAAUUUGCAAGAAAGAGACGUUUCAUGCCAUAUGCCAAACACUACAUCCACCCCCAUCAAUUCCCUAGAGAUGGAUACCCAUGAGAAGCAACCAAGAGGAUCCUUGGGUGCUUGUAUCUCCGGUGCCGGAAUUCGCAGACUGGAACCGGACUUAGCUGCCUGCAGCAGACAACCGAGCAAAGCUGUGUCCUGGAGCUGUGGUUUAAGAAGGUCUUUCAGCCUUGGUGAGAUACAAGCAUACGCCGGAGGAGGACAAAGAUCAGAAGAGGCAAAGGAUUUUGUGGAGGCAAGAAAGUCGGUGUCACACGUCGAGGCAAACAUAUCAACCGUUGCUUCAUCCCUUCAGGUGAAGGUUCUGGUUGCCGAUAUGCCUGCGUUCAUGCAAGUCCAUGCCUUCCGCUGCGCUCGACGAACUUAUGACAGCUUACAGAAGUUCAGCUCCAAACACAUGGCUUACAACUUGAAGAAGGAGUUUGAUGGGGUAUACGGUCCUGCGUGGCAUUGCAUUGUGGGGUCAAGCUUUGGAUCAUUCGUCACACACUCAACGGGCUAUUUUCUUUACUUCUCAAUGGAGAAAAUAUUUGUGUUGGUGUAUAGGACCAAGGUUCAGAGAGCAGUGGAUUGAUCUCUUUCUUUGCUGCUUUGUACAUGACGUAUAUAUUAUAGAAUAUAGAUUAAUUAUAAUAAUAUGAUAGGCUUCUUAUUUUUA